GACCACUCCUCCAUGAACCCAGCGUGCUGUACUUCCACGCCUGUCCUGAUCUUCCGUGCAUCACGUCUCUGCACUGCGCCAGUCUAGCGCGUCUUGCGCUCCACGGCAAGCAUGGUCAUCGCUCCAUCUGUUCCUGAAAUUUUCGAGGAAGAGCUUCAUACUGCCGUAGAGGCCCGCGCCGAAACAUUGCAGACGCUGCGGGAACUAGGCCCUCCAGAUCUCGUCCAUCUCGUCAAGCAAUCGAAACAGUCGACCAAGCAGAUUGGCGUAUACCACCAUGUUACGGGCAUCGAUGCGUCCUCAUCAGCCAGCUUGGCCGCCUACAUAAAUACGCUCACAUACUCCCCUCACGACAAGACGAAUAAGGUGAUAUCUGGGCUAUACUGCUGCUACAAUGCCUUUUCGCGUCUGGACAUGCGGGUACAGGUGGCAAUACCCGGAACAGUGGAAAGCUAUUGCAUUGAUGAGCGGGGAGACAAGCGCGUAGCCACGGAUGAUUUGUGGCUGGAAACCUACCUCUGCAGUGUUCUUCGCGCAUAUUCUUAUGCGGACGAUGGAUCCGGCGAUACGAUAAAGAAGAUCGUGGGCGUGCGGAGAUUCAACCCGAUUACCAGCACCGAAAGCGAGCACAAGUUCUUGGACGCGGCCGAGAGAUUAUUUUUCCAAGGUUGGCAACUGGGUUCAGAUCCUGAGAUACAAGUCCCCAAUCUUGUUUCUAACCACCUGACCACCGGACUGCUCGAAUAUAUCAAUACUACCGGAAGAUACGCCUCUGGAAUCAAUCUAUUCGAGAAAUUGCGAACUCGAGACCCCGAAAUCUCCUCAUUGCUCGCCCGAGUCUACAUUGCCGCAGAUGAAGAAGUCAAAGCUGUCCAGCUUCUGCACGAGACGAUUCAGGACCUACCCAUGGAUUAUUCGCUACUAGACUGUCAAGCCGAGUUUUGCAACAAGAAGGGGCGUGGCGACCUCGCUCUUGAAAUCGCGAAACGGAGCGUGGUUUCUGCUCCGAGCGAGUUUGGCACCUGGGCACGUCUUGCUGAGAUCUAUGUGACCAUGGAGCAGUGGGACCUCGCACUACUGACCCUCAACUCCUGCCCGAUGUUCACUUACCAGGACAAAGACGCGCCACGGAUGCCUGAGCCACUAAAAGUUUUCCUACCUGCGAUGCCCGAGACGAUAUGCGAUGAGAUUGACGACAGCAACGCGGACAGCAUUGAGCUUGUGCACCCCACACUACGAAAGCUCCAUGCUGCUGGUUUCAAGGGCACCUUCUUAAAAGCCUACAUUCUACUAACCGAGAUCACGAAGAAGAUUGGAUGGGACCAACUGUUACGAAUUCGCAGCCAGGUGUUCGUCAUGGAGGAGGAAUACCGACACGAAAAGCAAACCAUCACACACCAACCAGGCUCCCGUAAUGCCAGCACCACUGCAUUACGCUCUCCUAGUCCCAAGACGAAUGGUCACGGCGAAACCGAGAUAGGUUCACCUACCUCAAACACGCCCAACGGCGAGUCAUCCCUAGAAGGUGACGCAAUCGAAAAACCCGGCCACACCAUUACCUCCGAAGAGGUAAAAGCUGGCAGCGACGAAGUAGGUCCCGACUUUUUCUUGCCAGCAACUCCCCCGCCGUUUAUCGUAAAAGAACGCAAGAACACGACCCCCAAAUCUUUUUACGUUGACUUCCACUCCUUUUCUCGUACCGCCUCCCAUACAUUAUUAUCCACUAACACCACCCCUAAGCCCGACCAAGCCCAAUCCUCAAACUACACCCAAUUCCAAAACAAGCGCCUCUGCGAGCGUUGGCUGGACAACCUCUUCAUGGUGCUCUAUGAGGACCUUCGCGUCUACACCAUCUGGCGCACCGAGAUGGCGCAGUACAGACAACAGCAGCUCCUCUACAAGAAAUCCGCCGAAGAGUGGGAGAUUCUAGGCGAGCUGGCAGAGCGGCUCCACCACACCGACGAGGCGGUGGAGGCGUACCAGAGCUGCCUGCAGAUCAAGUUCAGCCCGAAAGCCAUGAAGGGCGUCCUCAACCUCAGCGAGAUCAGGAUAAACGUGCGGGAGACGUGCUCUGCCCUCCUACGACUCGUAACCUGGCAGUAUCGGUGGUACUCAGAAUUUUCGCCAUCUUUACUCUACACCAUCCGCCGCCUCAUCGAGGAAGAAGGCGGCGUCAAAAUCCGCAGCAUCAUCCAGGGCACCAGCCUGCCGCAGCAUGUGCUGGACCUCACGCAUCACUAUGCUGACCUUUGCGCCGCGUUCCGCAGCAAUGGUACUGAUGGCUGA